AUAACCUCGUUAAAAUCAUAACAAAACAGCCGAAUCUACCGGAAAAUCAAAUUUUCUGGGGAAAAACAAAGAUUUUUUAGUUUAUUGCUGUUCUAAUUGAUUUUCAAAAAAAUGAGCCGCAGGAAGAAGGUCAAGGUUGAACUGAAAGAAGAAAAAGAUGAAAAGUUUAACACGAAUGACGAUGAGGGAGGUUCAGAGGUUUCAGAAAAGCCCAAGACAUCACCCAACGAGAAAAAGACAGGCGUGGGUUCUAGCAGGGGUACUGCAAAGAAGGAGAAGAAGGAUGACAUAAAGAAGGAAAAGGAUGAAGAUAAGAAAAAAGACCUGGAAAAUGACUCAGAAUUAGAUGAUCCCAUUAUAAAAGACUUGUUUUCUGGCUUAGACGGUGCUGCGUUUCAAAGCAGGAUGCCGUUUGAUAAACUUACAUCAACUGAAGCGGCAUGUUUUCCUGACAUUGCUGGAGCUGCCUUGCAAACUGUGAAAGUCUAUUUAAAUAUACGAAACCGUAUUUUGAAAAUGUGGCUGGACAAUCCAAAGCAACAGCUUAUUUUGGAUGAUGCUAUUAAAAAUAUGGAGUCUCCUUAUAAUAGCGAUUUACCUUUAUUGAAGAGAGUGCAUGCUUUUCUGGAACGAAACGGGUUUAUUAAUUUUGGAAUUUUUAAAAGGUUACAACCAAUUCCCAGUAAGAAAUACGGAAAAGUUAUAGUAAUAGGGGCAGGCAUAGCCGGUCUAGCAGCCGCCCAACAGCUUCAACAAUUCGGUCUGGAAGUUAUAGUUCUGGAAGCGAGAGACAGGGUUGGAGGCCGUAUUGCUACCUUUAGAAAAGGUAAUUACAUAGCGGAUUUAGGAGCUAUGGUAGUGACAGGUUUGGGUGGCAACCCUGUGACAACCCUGAGCAAGCAAAUUGACAUGGAACUACACAGAAUCAGACAAAAGUGUCCCUUAUAUCACUCUUGCGGUGUGACAGUUGAUAAAGAUAAAGAUGAAAUGGUUGAGAGAGAAUUUAAUAGACUGUUAGAAGCAACAUCUUAUUUGUCACAUCAGUUGGACUUUAACUAUGCUGGUAACAAGCCUGUUAGUCUUGGACAAGCAUUGGAAUGGGUGAUAAAAUUACAGGAAAAGCAUGUGAAGGAGAAGCAGAUUUUACAUUUGAAGUCUGUGGUAGCUUUACAGGAAAAAUUAAAAACAAAUCAGUUUGAGCUAAACCGAGUCAAAGAUGCUAUGCAGGAGAUUCACGAUAAAGUCCAGGAAGUAAACAGCAUAGAAAAGAGGGAUCUUAACCAAGAAUUUACGUAUAGAAGUGGUACCAGGGAUUUAAAUGCUCUCGCCAAAGAAUGGGACCAGUUGAAAGAACAAGAAAAAGAAAUCGAGGAUAAGCUGAAAGACUUGGAGAAUUCACCCCCUAGUGACGUCUACCUAUCAUCGAAGGAUCGACAGAUUCUGGACUGGCAUUUCGCGAAUCUAGAGUUUGCCAAUGCCACGCCACUGUCUAAUCUUUCUCUAAAACACUGGGACCAGGAUGACGACUUCGAGUUCACCGGGAACCACUUAACUGUUCGAAACGGGUACUCUUGUGUUCCAGUGGCUUUAGCUGAUGGUUUGGACAUCAAACUCAAUGCUGCAGCCAGAAAAGUAGAGUACAAUCAUCAGGGGGUUGAAGUAACAGUCUACAAUCCCAGAAAUCCUCAAACCACAAACACUUAUCACGCCGACGUAGUACUAUGUACUCUCCCCCUAGGAGUACUCAAACUCAGUUCAGCCCCCUCUAGCGGUCAACUAAACACCGUCCAGUUCUCUCCACCCUUACCGGACUGGAAAACUUCAGCCAUCCAGCGUCUAGGCUUCGGCAACCUCAACAAAGUCGUACUGUGCUUCGAAAGGAUCUUCUGGAACCCUCAAGCCAACCUCUUUGGCCAUGUUGGUAGUACUACGGCCAGUAGAGGUGAAUUAUUCUUGUUUUGGAACCUGUACAAAGCCCCGGUACUACUAGCACUGGUUGCGGGUGAAGCAGCGGCUAUUAUGGAGAAUGUAACAGACGACGUAAUUGUGGGAAGAUGCAUAGCAGUACUACGAGGCAUCUUCGGCCAAUCCGGAGUACCCCAGCCCAAGGAAACUGUUGUAACCCGCUGGAGAGCCGACCCGUGGUCCAGAGGUUCCUACAGUUUCGUAGCCGUGGGUUCCUCGGGUUCCGACUAUGAUCUUCUAGCCAGUCCGGUACUGCCUCCAAACGCCCAGGGUGUUUCCGCCACUGCCGGACCUGCGAGAGUGUUCUUUGCCGGCGAGCACACUAUAAGGAACUACCCUGCCACAGUCCAUGGGGCUUUCUUGAGUGGGCUCAGAGAAGCCAGUAGGAUUGCUGAUCAGAUUAUCGGGAAUCCUUGUCAGCCUCAGCCAGCUGAUGAUAAAAAUUAGUAUUUCUAUGGAUAUACUUCGAGAUUAUUUUUUAUCAUUGUUUUAGUCUGGGAAGUAUUUACACUGAUGUUUUAUAUUUAGUUAGUGUUUUUUUAGCUUUUCUUAAAGCUAUCGAUUGAUUGUUAGUAUAGCUGAUUAGAUUUAUAUUAGCUUCAGCCAGCUCGUGAUAUAAUUUAGUAUUGUUAAGGUUUUGCUUGAAAUUAUUUUAAUUCUAUUAUCAAUUUAGGAUUUAUUUAGUUUGAUAUGCAUUUUCGUCAUUUUUACUUUUUAUUUGUUUUAACAAAAGACUUCAUCAUUAGUUUUUAAAUUUGUUAUACUAAUGUAUUUAUUUUUGCUUUAGUACUGCAAAUUUUUGGGAGGUUACUCUUAUUUUAUUUCAACUAAGUAAUUCUGCAAAUAGCCUAAUAUUAAGUGCUAGACUUUUUUAGUAUAUGGUCUAGAAAACAUUAUGUUGAAACUACUCAAAUUGAUUUUAACAAUAGUUUUUCUAGCUUUUGCUUUUGAUUGAUUUUUUUUAUAAUUCUGUCAAUAUUAAUUACUUUUCUGUUAAAUAUACUACUUAAUAAAAAAAAUAAUAUAAUAUUCUAUUAUUUAAUAAAUUCAAAGAAUUUUAGAAUCGAAAAAGUAUGUUUUGAGGAUAAUAAAAGAUCCCCAAUUUUUUUCAUUAAUAAUAUCUAUUAAAUCAGUUUUGAAAAAAUUGCUUUAAAAACUACUUAAAUUCAAGUUUUCUGUUCUUCUGUAUAACAGUAUCUAUGUAAGAAAUUCAUCAAAUUUUAAUAUCUAUGAUAUUUGUUUAGGUAUGAUUAUUAAUUUUCUCUG